AUGAAUCUGAAUGGGGCUGGCUCUCGGCCCAAAAAGCAGGCCAAGGUCCAGUUCCUCUUCCCUAGGUCCAAGGGGAAUCAGCACUGCGCGGGCAUCAAUGCCCUCGCGCUCUGUGAUGACACCCAUAGCCUGUGGACUGCAUCCAGGGAUGGGUGCCUCAUCCGGUGGAGCCAGGAGACGGCUGCCCCAACCCUCGCUUGCAAGGGCCACACCGACUGGGUGAAUGACCUGGCCCUCCUGCCGGGUGCCGCACUGGCGUCGGUGUCGGCGGAUCGCACGCUGCGCCUGUGGCGGUGCGACGAAGGGACAGCUGGAGUGUGUGCCGGGAUGGUCUCGGCACACGAUGAUUACAUAACCUCGCUGGCCUGCUCCGUCAGCGCCGGCGUCCUCGUCAGUGCCGGGCUGCGCGGGGGCCUGGUGCGCUGGGACCUGGAGCGCCUGAUGGCCUCCUCCCUCAGCCAGCCUGCGCCCUACGACGCCCUGCCAUGCCCCGGCGUGCCCCCGCCCAGCUUCUACGCUCUGGCCUUGGACGCCGGCGCCGGCCUGGCGGCGGCCGGUCAGGCCGACGGCGGCAUUCGCCUGCUGGACCCCCGCGCCGGCCCGGCCACGCUGCGCGCGCUGCGCGGGCACACCGACGUCGUGCGCGGCCUGCUGCUCUCACGCGACGGCCGGCGACUGGUCAGCGCCUCCUCGGACGGCACGCUGCGCGUCUGGGACGUGGCCGGCGGCGGGCGGUGCUGCGGCACCUGGGCGCCGCAUGCGGGGUCGGUGUGGAGCCUGGCCUCCCGCUACGCCGACCUGGCCAGCGUGCACACCGGCGGGCGGGACGGCAGCGUGUACCGCACCGACACCGCCGGCGGCUGGACCCGGCGCCUCUGCGCGCUGGGCGCCCCCGUCUCGGCGCUCGCGGUUGGCGAGCGGGGCACCUUCUGGACGGCUUCCUCUCUGCCGCCUGGCUUCCAGGCCCCGCCCUCCGCCGCCGUGCGCGCUCGGCUACGCUUCGACCCCGACGCUCCUGCCACAAUCCUGUCCGAAGGGCGGGACGCCGGCGGCGACGGCCGCGGCGACUGCUCCCACCCGCCCGCGCUGUGCGACGCGGCGCUGGCCUGGACGGCAGGGGUGGCCCCGCUGACGGCGGCGGCCGUCACCACGGACCGGCUGCGGGUGCUGACGCGGGACGCGGAGGGCGCGGUCGAACUGUGGGACGUGGGGCGCGGGCGCGUGACGCGGCACUGGGAGGCGUCGGGCGCCGAGGGUGUCGGGAAUGGUUCCGCGCCCCCCGGCGCGGCCGCAUUCCAGGCGGCGCGGCGCGAGCUGUUCGACCCCACGCACAGCGUGGGCGCCUGGUUCUCAGCCGACCUGCGCCUGGGCAGCCUGGGCGGCGUGCUGGACCCCGGCGCCGCCUUUGGCGUGGAGGCCUACGCGCGGGAGCUGGGCGCGCACGCCGCGCCCGCCGACGCCAAGGCCAGCUGCGGCGCGCUCAUGCUGUCCGCGCUGUUUGGCGCCUGGGCGGCUGCGGGGGGGGGUGGCGGGGAGGCUGGUGCUGAAACGUCGGUCGAGGACGCGCCGCAAGGAGGGGAGGCGUCGCCCGGAUCUGUGGGCGAGGGCUCAGCACCUGGAUCGGCCGCGGAGCCGGGCCCGUCCGCCUCAGAAACGGUCACCACCGCGCCUGGUCCGCAGUCCACACCCCUCACGGGCCAGGGCCGGCAGGCGGUGGCCGCGCUGGGGCAAGGCGUCGCACCCUCCGCGACCUCGGCCAGCUUCUCGCUGGACGCCGAGGCGGCGGAGGUCCUGCUGCUGGGCGACGCGCCGUGGCGCGGCAGCCUGGCUGAGCUGGCAGCGCGGGGCGGCGAGGCGGAGGCCCUGAGCCCCGUGCCCGCCUGGGUCAGGAGCGUGGUGCUGGAUGGCCAGGUCCCCGUCAGCCGCGACCUGAAGCUGGUCUUUACUCUGCUGCCCCUGGAGGGCUCCGGGCUGCCGUCGCUGCUGCAGAGCCGGCUGCAUGCACCCAGGGUGCUCACCGUGGACAAGGUGGUGGAGUACGUGGGCCGCCGGCUGCGCGACGCGGGCUUGUCCCCGGGGGAGGCCCCCCUGUUCUACAACACGCGCGCCGCUGCGGCCUGGGAGGCGGGCAGGGCCGCGCAGACCCCGGCGGGCGCCGUGCCACGGCCCAACGGCCGUGCGAGCCCCGUGGAGGGCAGGCCGCCGCCCGCUGGGGCCCCCGCCGGCCCGGACCUGGUGCUCACCUGCGGCGGCACGGCGGUGCCCUGGGACUUCAGCCUGGCCGCCGUGCGGCAGUGGAUCUGGAAGCGCUCCGAUGACCUGGUCGUGCAUUAUGCCCUGCAGCCGCGGGGCACCGAGCUCGUCCUGCCCAGCAUCCCCCUGCCCCCCAUCGACACCUGA